GAGCCACCACUGCAUUCUAGAAAAUACCCUCUAGCUGUGAUAAGCUACACCGCCAGGUCUGGCAAACCACUUGCAAUAGAAACUACGCAUUAUUUUUCGGGAUGCCGUCCUGCUUUGCAACUUACAGCCGGCAAGCGAGCUAGAGCCAAGACAAAACGACUGAUAGCAGAGGCUCCUCCAAUUCCCGAAAAGAGACUAAUGUUGCAGUGUAUUGAAUAUUGA